AUGACAACACCGUUCCUCACGAGCCUCGAUGGCUUCCCAUCGACAUUGACGUCGACGACCGCACCCAACGUCCUCCUCGACAGCCCCGGGCCCACCGAGCCCGAUGGCCUCCCCUCGAAACGCACCACCACCGCGCUCCUAACCACGAAACUCACCUCGGUGCUCUCGUCGUCGUACGCGGACCAUGAAAUCCGCGACACGCUCCGCCUGCUCGACGCCCGGGGCGUGCAGAAUGACGAAGACACCCGACGGCAUCUCAAAGCCAAUGCCCAGAAGGAGGUGAUAGACUGUGACGCGCGCAUCGUGGGCGACUUUGGCCACGUCGCCGCGCAGCUCCGCCGGGUCGGCGACAUGAUCGGCAGUUUGAACGCCACGUGCGCGGCCAUGAGGACGCACGUCCUCGCGGCCAAGAGGGAGAGUGGGCCGACGUUAGAAGAGGCCGGGUUGCUGUUGAAGCGGAAGCAGGACACCGAGGCCAAGGAACAGCUUCUCCGGGCGUUUCGGAGCCAUUUCCUCGUCUCGGACGACGAGAUGGCCGUCCUGACUGGUCCGACUGCGGCGGACGGCGUGGAUGAGCGGUUCUUUGCGGCACUCGCGCGCGUCAAGGCCCUGCAUAGGGAUUGCUCGUUGCUUUUGGGGUAUUCUUCGACGGCGACGGCGACGGCCCCAGGCAUCGACGACGAAGGCUCCUCGCGGCUUGGAAUGGAGCUGCUUGAGUCGACGACUCGCACACUGGACGCAUCAUUUAAAAAACUCUACGCUUGGGUUCAAAGCAGGUUUAGGACGCUGGACAUUGAAGACCCGCAUAUCUCGGGUGGUAUCCGACGGGGUCUGCGCGUCUUGUCCGAACGGCCGACCCUGUUCCAGAAUUGUCUGGAUUUCUUUGCCGAGUCGCGGCAGAAAACACUGAAUGACGGGUUUCAGGAUGCGUUGACGGGCGGUGCUGGUGGGGCUGGGCUGGGUAAGGCGAUUGAGUUUUCGACUCACGAACCUCUGCGAUAUGUCGGCGACAUGCUCGCUUGGGUGCAUAGCGCGAGUGUGUCGGAGAAGGAGGCGCUCGAGGGGCUGUUUGUCGGUGAUGAGGAGGAGUUGGCUAGAGGGUUGAGUGAAGGGCGAGCGAGUGAGCCGUGGGCCAGGAUUAGCAGUGGCCGACGGGGCAGUGGUGUUUCUGAAGAAGAAGAAGAAGAGGGAGAAGAGCACGAAGUGUUCGACGGCAGGAAAGCCCUCUCAGAGCUGAUAUCGAAGAAUCUCUCACUCGUGUGUCAAACCCUGCAAUCGAGGAUUGACAUCACGGUGCGGACGAGUGGCGAUCCCGUCUUCAUGUUCAAGGUGUUCAACCUGCUCGAUUUCUACCGUGGGAUAUUCGCAAAGUUGCUGGGCGACGACAGUCCUCUGACAAAGAUGGUUCAGCAACUCCAGUCUUCCACGCUAUCACAGUUCGAGAAGGCCAUGCAGGAAGAGACCUCCGCCGCCGUGGCAUCGAUGGAUGCCGAACCAUCGCCGGUUUUGACGCCUCCGGUGUUCCUAGCUACCGCAUUAUCGCAAUUCAGCGAGAUUUGUCGUGCGAGAGGACCACAGAUGACGGAAGCCGAACUCGAGCGCCUCUACACAGCAGUGUUGGGUGGCAUCAUCUCCGCCUGUGCCGAAGGCGCCACUCAGAUUUCGGACAUGCGCAGAAGCUGCAUCUACAAGAUCAAUUACAUGACCGCCUUGAAAGCGACAUUGGCCAAUGUGUCAGCACACGCAUCUGCGGCGCGGGUACCGCUCCAGAAGUCCGCUCGUGAGAUUCAAAUCUUGAGAGAUCAGUUGGUCGAACUCGUCAGCACAACUUUCCUCGAUUACUCCGGCGUCGCGGACCUCACCCAAGAGAUUGACGGACGAAGGACCCAACCGUCCUCGCAGAGAAGGAAGUGGCUAGUUGAGAACCUUGAUGAAUCAGCACAACGCUUGGACGAAUUCCUCUCUUCCGCACUCAUGGAUGUGCAGGAAGCCCUUAAACCUCUCCUUGAUCGUACAUUGGCUACCGAUGUCGUGGCUGAGGCUGUGGAAAGGUUUUGUACCGAGUUCGAUGAGUUAGAGGGUUUGUUGGAGACUGUCGAUAUGGAGACUACAGAGACUGAACAAGAUAAGCGUGGCGAGGAUGAGAUAGACGAGGCGGAUGCCCACGGGCCGUUUGGGUCAUUGAGAGAGCUGUACCCUAGAACUGGCGCAGAGGUACGCGCUCUGCUGAGUUAG